AUGGCCACUCCGCCUCCAGAGGCAGCUCCCGUCGUCAAGGAGGAGAAGCCUCAGCUGCCUCCUUCGCCGACUGGAGCUUCUGCCCCAGAUGUCGCGUUCACUAGUGGUCAGAAUGCAGCGAUUGGCCUGAAGACAGAUUCUCCCGCUCCAACUCCCACUCCCGCAACGGAAAAUGUUCCUGCGACAAAUGGUCACUCUCCCAGCGCGCCCCCGACUACCAACGGAACUAGUGCAGCCGCAUCGCCUCCAAAGUCUCCCGCACCGGUGCCUAAUUCUCCCUCUACUUCGGCACCUCCAACUGCACCAGCUACAAGUGAACCAGCAGUGAGCGCCAGUGUGAUCGCGAGCGUGACCUCGCCCGCAACACCUGAGAUCAAGAAGUCCGAGGAGACCCCUGCUCCACUUGAAUCGCAACCCCCUGCGACCUCAGUAACUGCAAGCACUCCUGCCGACAACACACCUCAACCUCAACCUGAACCUCAACCCUCCACAAACAGCUCUGCCGAUAUUCCCGCUGCGCCACUAGCUGCCACGGACAACAAACCCGCCGAAAGUGAGGAUAAAAUGAUCAUUGAUAAUGCAGCUGAGGCAGCUCCCUCAACUCAACUUCCUCAUCACCCAACCACGACCGAAAUCGCCACCCCCAUCCUUCCGUCAAUUCAAACUGAUCACGAAAUGAAGGAUGCACCAGUUGCCCCGAUGUCUCCUUCUAAGCUCUCUCGUGAGCGUGAGGCCGACCCCGCGGAGGAACCAGCGGCAAAACGCACCAGGGUUGAAGGCCAAGAUGCUGCCUCCAGGGAAUACAGGAUGGCUGUGCCCCCCACCCCUGCUGCCGCACCCCCCGCACCGGUUUCCGCGAUCAGUGGAGCCAGAAUCAGCAAGAUGCAACAAAAAUUCAUACAAAAGUCUCUGACAACCCUGAAACGCAUGCAUGAUUCGCGUUUCUACCGUGAAGCAGUCGAUUGGGUGAAGUUGAACAUCCCCAACUAUCCCCACGUCAUCACGGAGCCAAUGGACUUGAGCACCAUGGAGAAGAAGCUCAAGAAUAACUUGUACUCAUCUACCCAGGAGGUCUUCCGCGAUUUUGAUCUGAUGGUCAACAAUUCUCUGGUUUUCAAUGGUCCCGAUCACCUGGUGUAUCAGGAGGGUGAGAAGUUAAAGCACACGUUCCAUAAGCAGAUGACCAACCUUCCCAAGCCCGAUGAGGUUGAGGAGAAGAAAACAAAGAAGACGACUGAGAAGACCUCUGCCGCUCGACGGGAACCUCGCACCUCGCUCGGAAGCACCACUGCCAAAGCAGCCUCCCCACAGAGUACCACCUUUGCAUUGGGACCAGAGGGACUCCCCGUUAUUCGCCGGGAUUCCACCAACCCGGAUGGCCGUCCCAAGCGCUCGAUCCAUCCUCCCAAGCGAGACCUUCCCUACGCUACUAAGCCCAAGAAGAAGAAGUACCAGUGGGAAUUGCGAUUCUGCCAAGAAGCCCUGGAAGAGCUUUGGAAACCCAAGUAUUCACUGAACGCAAUCCCCUUCUACGCCCCCGUUGACCCCGUCGCACUCAACAUCCCGACCUACCACAGCAUUAUCAAGAAGCCGAUGGACAUGACCAGCAUCAAGAGCAAACUGACUACCGGCCAGUACGAAAACUCGAAAGAGUUUGAGGCUGAUGUCCGUCUCAUGUUCAAGAACUGCUACCGAUUUAACCUUCCUGGAGAUCCCACCUACCAGUGCGGCAAGGCCCUCGAAGCCGUCUUCGACCUCAAGUGGGCGCAGAAGCAGGAAUAUCUGGACCGCCAUGAGCCACACCCCGAGCACAACUCCGAUUCUUCCGACGAUGAUAGUGAUGAGGAGGCCGAAAGUGACGAGGAUGAUGAGCAGCUCAGUGAACUCCAGAGGAAGAUCGCUGAGAUGUCCCGUCAGGUUGAAAUGAUUACCCAGAAGAAAAAGAAGACACCCCCUACCAGCAAGAAGUCCGGCACCAAGACCAAGGCUGUCAAGAAGGAGUCGAAGAAGACUACCACUAAGAAGGAAAAGAAAUCCAGCAAGCCCGCCAAGCCAGAGAAGGCGCGCUUCGUAUCCUACAAUGAGAAGCAGAUCAUCUCCAAUGGCAUUAGUGCACUCCCCGACAAGAAGAUGCAGCAGGCUCUCCAGAUCAUCCAGAGCAAUGUUCCUUCUUUGAAGAACACUGCAGAGGCCGAGAUUGAACUGGAUAUCGAUGAGCUCCCUAACGACGUCCUUCUUCUCCUGCUCAAGUUCGUUAAGAAGAAUGCCCCGAAUGUCGUGGAUGACGAAGAAGAGAUCCCCGGAAACCCCCACGUCUCCGCCGCGAAGCCCAAGAAGAACAAGCCCAUGAGCAAGUUCGAGCAGGAAGCUCAGAUCAACAUGCUGGAGAGCAAUCUUUCUCGCUUCGCCGGUGGUGGCGGUGGUGGCUCACCCGAGCCUAUGCCCUCGGUCGAGGCCAUGGACUCUAGCGAGGAUGACUCGGAUGAUGACUCGGAGGAGAGUGAAGAGGAGUAA